AUGUCAGACCGCGUAGCUCAGCUCACCGCUCACCUCAACUACCCCAAGGGUCUGCUCGCCGGCCAAGUUGCCAUCAUCACCGGCAGCGGCCAGGGCAUCGGCGCCGAAGCUGCUCGUCUCUUUGCCAAUGAGGGCGCCAAGGUCAUCGUCUCGGAUAUCGACGCCGGCAAGGCCAAGGCUGUCGCCGAGAGCAUCACCCAGUCUGGCGGCCAAGCCAUCAGCGUACCGGGCGAUAUGCUUGACGCGGCGUACAUUGACACGCUCGUCAAGGAGGCUGCCGCUUUUGGCGAGGGUCAGAUUCACCACAUUGUGAACAAUGCCGGCUACACCUGGGACGGCGUCAUCCACAAGAUGACCGACAAGCAGUGGGACACCAUCAUCGCCCUGCACUCGACGGCGCCCUUCCGCCUCGUCCGGGCCGCGGCGCCCUACUUCCGCGUCAAGGACGGCGCCAACCGCUCCAUCAUCAACAUCUCCUCGACCUCGGGCGUCCACGGCAACGCCGGCCAGGCCAACUACGCCAUGGCCAAGGCCGGCGUCACGGGCCUCACCAAGACCAUCGCCAAGGAGUGGGGUCCCGCGUUCGGCGUGCGCGCCAACACGGUCGCCUUUGGCUACAUCAAGACGCGACUGACGGACGCCAAGGAGAAGGGCGCCUUCGUCACCGGUCCCGGCGGCGAGAAGAUCGCCCUCGGCAUCCCGACGGCACCGGCUGCGGCCGCGGCUGGGGAGGAGCACGCCGACAUCCCGCUGAGGAGGCCGGGCACGGCGACAGAGGCCGCGUCCAGCAUUCUCGCCCUGGCGAGCCCUCUGCUGAGCUACGUGUCAGGACAGACGCUCAUGGUGACGGGUGGCCGCAACAUGUAG